GCCUCAGGCCAUACCGUCACCCGUGGUAAUUUGUAAACAACCACUGCUAUAUUCAAGUUGGCUUAGAAUAUACUCAAACGUUACGAACUUUCACAGACUCGCAGUGGCGAUUCAGAACCCCAGGAUGACUGGCGAUUCCAGGACCAGUUUACCCCCAUUUCUAGAAUCUCUGGCACUAGAUUUCAGCGUUCCAUAUAUAAAUGCUCGUUUUCCUGCCAGUGAAGGUAUACCACCUGUACAUGUGCACUGGUGGCCUUGCAAACGAUUGGGUGUGUCACCUUCCACAAUUCUACUCUUUAUACCAGGAAAUCCUGGGGUCAUUGACUUCUAUCAUCCAUUUCUCACCGCAAUACACAAACAAGACAGGUCUGGGACACUGGCGAUACUGUCGCAUUCACAUAUUGGACACGACCCUGCUGUCGAGGAUAUUGCGCCAGCAAGUCGUGCUUCAUCUAACCAUGCGUUGCCGUUUCAGGUCCAAAACUCUCUUCGAAUUUUCGAUGCUUUGAGCACAUAUUUUAGCGUCGAUACGCGUACUGUGAUCGCUGGCCACAGCGUUGGUUCAUGGGUAGCUCUGCAGGUCUUGAAACUGCGAUCCGCUGCCAUUUCGGGAGUUUUCUUCCUUUUCCCGACUAUCACCAACAUUGCUUGUACACCGAAUGGUCGACUGUUGUCGCGAUUGUUUCGGCCUCCGUUUCCGCGCAUUGUAUCACAGGUUGCCCAGGCAUUGCGUCUUAUGCCACUAACCAUAUUUUGUCGGUUGUUUCCACAAUACCCGAUACCCCAAGUCCGUGUUCUUCAGUCGUUCCUACUGUCUCCUUCGUCAAUCUUUGCUGCGAUGACGAUGGCACACGAUGAAAUGCUCAGCAUCAGAGAACUGGAUGUUGCUACCUUGGAAACAUUUCAACACCAGAUUUGGUUUUACUUUGCAGAGAACGACGACUGGGUUGACAAAGGAAGAGAAACGAUUCUCCAGGUCUUCAGGCCAGAACCCGGCACUGUGAAAGUCGUACAUGGGCACCGCAAUAUCCCGCAUGCGUUCUGUAUCAACCAUGGUGAAGAACUUGCAGCGGAGUGCUAUAAGUGGCUCGUUUCUGGGGGAUUCGUGUGACAUUAGAUGCACUAUCAUGUUUGCCCUUAACCACGAACUAUAUAUCGCGCCAUUUAUCCUGCCAUUAUGCAGCUCUCUUCCAUUUUUCUGUCAUUGAUAAUUUAAUGCGUAUUGGGGG